GCCACAGUUCGUUCCUUCUCCUCCUGAAGGACAGGGACUUCCUCGGGGCUCCUGAUAAGGAAUCUUCUGAACGUCUUUUCUUAGUAGGGAUCAUCCCACCUCAAAAUGUAACUACUUCUUGGGACAACGUUUGGAGAGAGGCAACAGACAACAGUGAAUGAAAUCAAGAUGUCUUUGGAUUGGAAAACAUUAUGGAGAGUUAGCCCAGAUGAUUUGCCUCUCCAAGAAGAAUUAGCAGAUGAUUUACUGGUUUCUCUCUCUAAGGUUGAAGUAAGAGACCUAAAAGAUGAAAAUCAAGAAAAUGUGGUCCAUCUUUUCCAAAUUACUCAAUCUUUAAUGAAGGAAAUCAGUUAAAAACUAAAGUUAUGAAACUGGAAAAUGAGCUUGAGGUGGCACAACAGUUUGCAGGUGGUCAGGAUACAUGUUUUUUGGGAGAUAAAAUUAAUCAACUAGAAAUACAAUUGGAGCAGAAGCACAGAGAAUUAGAGGAUAUGGAAAAAGAGAUGGAAAAAGAGAAAAAAGUCAAUGAACAAUUGGCUCUUCUUAAUGAAGAGGCAGAAAAUGAAAACAGGAAAUUAAGAAGAGAGAAUUUAACAGAAGCAAAUGAGAAAACUGAAAUUCAAAAUCAAGAAAUGAAAAAGAACCUGGAAGAAUCAGUGCAGGAAAUGGAGAAGAUGACUGAUAAAUACAAUAGGAUGAAAAUUAUUGUUCAACAGAAUGAUGUUCUAAUAGAUCAGUUAAAAAAAGAAAGGCUUCAGGUACAGGAACUUACAGAACUUCUAAAAGAAAAAGAUGAAGACGAUGAUCCCAUUAUGGCUACUGUUAAUGCAAAGGUUGAAGAAUGGAAGAGAAUUUUUGCUUCUAAAGAUGAUGAAAUAAUCAAAUAUCAACAAAUAGUGUGUAAUUUGAGAGAGAAAAUUAGGAAUGCCCAACUUGAUGCUGACAAAAAUAAUGUUAUUACUCUACAAGAGGGCAUACAAGAAAGAGAUGGUCAAAUUAAGUUGCUUAUUGAACAAGUCGAACAGUACACAAAAGAAAUGGAAACAAAUACACAGUUUAUUGAAGAAAUGAGAAGGCACAAAGGAGAUCCCUACACAACAGUGAAAGAAGUCAAGAUGCCUUUGGAUUGGAAAACAUUAUGGACAGUUAACCCAGAUGACUUGCCUCACCAAGAAGAAUUAGCAGAUGAUUUACUGGUUUCUCUUUCUAAGGUUGAAGUAAAAGACUUAAAAGAUGAAAAUCAAGAAAAUGUGAUCCAUCUUUUCCAAAUUACUCGGUCUUUAAUGAAGAUGAAAACCCAAGAAGUGGAAAUAGCUUCAGAAGAAGUAGAAAAAGCUGGAGAACAGGCCAAAUUUGAAAAUCAGUUAAAAACUAAAGUUAUGAAACUGGAAAAUGAGUUUGAGACGGCACAACAUUCUGCAGAUGAUCAGGAUACACAGUUUUUCAGAGAUGAAAUUCUUCAGCUAGAAAAACAAUUGGAGCAGAAGGGAAGAGAAUUAGAGAAUAUGGAAAAAGAGAUGGAAAAAGAGAAAAAAGUCAACGAACAAUUGGUUCUUCUUAAUGAAGAGACAGAAAAUGCAAAUAGCAAAUUAAGGGAAAAGAAUGAACAGCUUUGUCAAGACAUCACUGACUAUCAGAAACAAAUAGAUUCACAAAAGGAAACAGUUAUAUCCAGAAGAGAAGAUAGUGAUUAUCGAUCACAAUUAUCUAAAAAAAAUUUUGAACUUUUGCAGUAUCUGGAUGAAAUUCAGAAUUUAACAGAAGCAAAUAAAAAAAUUGAAAUUCAAAAUCAAGAAAUGAAAAAGGACUUGGAAGAAUCAGUGCAGGAAAUGGAGAAGAUGACUGAUAAAUAUAAUAGAAUGAAAAUCAAUGUUCAACAGUCUGAUACUCUAAAGGAUCAAUUAAAAAAAGAAAGACUUCAGGUUCAGGAACUUACAGAACUUCUAAAAGCAAAAAAUGAAGAAGAUGAUCUCAUUAUGGUUGCUGUAAAUGCAAAGGUUGAAGAAUGGAAGAGUAUUUUGGCUUCUAAAGAUGACAAAAUAAUCGAAUAUCAACAAAUAUUGUACAAUUUGAGAGAAAAAUUUUUGAAUACUCAACUUGAUGGUGACAACAAUAAUAUUAUUGCUCUACAGCAGGGCAUACAAGAAAGAGAUGGUCAAAUUAAGAUACUUAUUGAACAAGUAAAACAGUACACAAGAGAAAUGGAAACAAAUACACUGAUUAUUGAAGACCUGAGAAAGCACAAAAGAGCUAGCCAAUCAUCACUGUAAUUCUUGAUAAACUGUGUUACAUCCAUAUGGGAGUACAUUCUAAACUUCAACAAAUUUAUGAUCUGGACCUUCUUUAUUUGAAAAACAUUUGAAUUCUCUCUUCCUCUCAUAAAUAAUUUAUUGCAUAAAUGUCAUUAGUUAAACAUAUGUAUAGUUAACAUUUUAACAUACUGUUUUGUCAAUCUAUUCCUUCUCUUUUGGAUAUUGUCUGUCAUCCUUUGGCCCAGAUCAACAGCAAUAAACAAAACUGUUGACA